UCCCCGUGUGUUUGUGUUUUCAGAUUAUGAAUGCCAGGGAACCCAUGCCCACAGAGCAACAGAGAGGGGACCCGUCUGGGUCUCCUCCCAUCUCAGGGCCCAGAAAAAAGGGAAAGCUGGCUUCACUUCCAGUUUCCCCAGGCUGGGUUCCAGCAGUGCUUCUGCUCCAGACCCUAGGCGCUUGCCUUCCUCCUCUCCUAGCAACCGGGAGGCUGUGGAUACCGCCAGAGGGUGGGGGCCCGGGAGGCUGCAGGGAGCCCGGGAGCCGAGGGGCGGCGGCCCAGCUCAGGUGCCCCACGCACUGGCGACCGCAGUGCGAAGCCACCCCGCAAGCGCAACUGCCUGGGCGCCAGUGUGCACCGGGCCCCACGCACCCACCCACCGCACCUGCCUCGGGGUCCAAAAGGGAUCCUGCAAAAAUGAGCCAUUCUCACCCUGCUGGAUUACUUGCAACAUAUAAUAGCCUGACCGAUAAACACCUGGCUGGAUAUUUCAACAACACAAGGAUACGGCAGCAUCUCCUAAGAUCAGGACUGAUCACAAGAAGUGGAAGAAUACUUUCUGAAAAGGAAUACAAAUUAAAUAUCAUGAAGCGAGAUCACCAAAAAUAUAUCCGAGAGUGCUUAGCUCAGGCUAUUUUCCAUAAGGUUCUUGAUUUGGAGCGUCACCAUCAACUGGAAAUAAAAAAGAAACUGGAGACCUUAGCUAGAAAGGAGCAAAUUCAGAGAUUUAAGGGAGAGCACACAAGACAAUUUAUUGAAAACAACAUGCCAAUCCUGUCUCCUCGCCCCCCACUUGGCCCAAAGACUAAUCGCGGCCAGAGUGUUCUGGUUAGUGAAGGACAUUCUAGUCCAUUAACACUGACAGCUCCUCGACCAUAUACUGCCCCAGGAAAUAUGCAGCCUCCAGUUCGAUUACAGCCUCUUCCCCGUAAUCCUGCAGUGGGGACUGUUCCAAAGAUAACUUCCGGAUCCAGAUUAAAACCCUCAGUGCUGGAAAAUGAAGCUCCAUUUCCCAUUGGGGGCAAGAAGGCAAUGAUGAAGUUCAGGAACUCCAUGAACAAUUCACAAAGAAUGAAUCCAUAUCAACUUCCACGCAUUAACAGUUACGUGAUGCCUGUUCCUCCUCUACCUCCUCCCCGAGAUGGAAAAGUCACAAGGGAUAACAGAUCUGGAACGUGGAGGAGGAGAUUUCGUCCAAUUACUGCUCCGAAUGGCUUGGAACCUCUCUUUCCCAGGGUUUCAGGAAGGAUUCAUAAAACAUCACUGCAUAGUAAUGCAGCUAUUACAAUGAUAUAUUUGGGGAAAAAUGUGCACCUAGCUUAUGACAACCAAGAUUUCCGAGAUGAAAUAAAAAUUUAUCAACAGCACUGUGGUGGGGAAAACCUUUGUGUCUACAAAGGCAAACUAUUUGAAAAUGAGACCUUUCAGUUUAUUUCCAAAAGGCACCAUGGUUUUCCCUUCAGCCUCACCUUUUUCCUGAAUGGUUUGCAGGUGAACAGGUUAAGCUCCUGUUGUGAAUUCAAGCACCGAAAAGGUUCCAGACUUGGAGGCAGACGAGGCUACUUUGGGUUUGUCUGCGUGGAGAGAGCAUCUCCUUGCUACAAGUGCAUUAUUGCAAUGGGCCUUGACAAAAAACCAUCUUCAAUGAAACCUAGGAAAGAGAAAAGCACUGAUAAAAGAGAAGAACUGUGGAAGGAUAGAGAGAAUGGGAUAUCAAGAAGAAAUGAGAUGGAGGUGAACAAAACCUCUCUCUCAGCCACUUGUUCAGUUCAAGAAAUAAAUAUGGGAGUCAGAGAAGUGAGAACUGCUAUGGAAGAAAUGGAACUUAAAGGAAAACAAAGACGAAAAGAUUGGGAAAACAACCAAGAAAAUACUUUCAAAUAUGAAUAUGAAGAAGAUUUUGAAAUAGAUGAGGAGAAACAAGAUGAGAAAGCUAAUGAAGAAGGACAGGCUGGUGAUCAAAUGAAUGGAAUAUCAAAGUCACCCUCAGAGGAUGAAAAAGAUAAUUUAGGCCCUGAGGAGAGUGAAAUCUUGUCAUUGAAGGCACCAGAUGCUGAUGACAAUGUGAAAGAUGAGGAUGAUGGAUGCUCUGAGAGUGAAUCGGAAGAGAAUAAACAAGCUUCAACAAUCUCAUCCGGAAGUCACCCAUAUUCUAGUGACAGUGAAGACGAUCUUGCAGAAAGAGCCAGUGAAGUACAUGUUGAAAAAAGUACACAAGAAAGUCCUAGAAGUUCAUCUGCUCAGGAGCUGAGUGAAAAUGGUGAGUCAGAAAAAUCCCAUCAUCUAAUUGAGGAAUCCUUAGAAAUUGAAACUGAAGACCAAGAUAUAACAAAAGCAGCUGUGGAGACCCAGCCUCUGCCAAGAGAGGAAAGCUGUGAGAAUGUUCUUGAAGAAAUGCAGAAAGGAACCCAACAGAUUGCAGAGAAUUUAUUUGAGAAGUCCAGGAAACCUACCUCCAGGGAAGAAAAGGAAAAGAGUAAGCUUUGGGAAGUAGGCACCACUAAGGUGAAGGACAAAACAGCAGGUCUCCCUGAGGUGGAGAAAGAGGUUGGACAGAUAAUAAGUGAAGCCUUGGCACCGGGCUGCCACUGCCACUAUGACGCCGUGUCUGAUGUUAGCAGCACAGAUGAGGGGGGGAAGCCCACGUGGAAGCUGGAGAUUGGCACAGGUGGAGCACCCAAUAGGAAUUUUAUAGUGGAGGAAAGGGCACCCUUCCACUCGGAGAAGGAAUCUGAGCAGGUCACACUGCAGAAGAAAGAAGCAGGGGAGGAAGUUACUGCUGCUCCCCAACACCAGGAUGCAGAGCUCAGGGAUGGGGUGGGCAUUAAGGAGGCUCCCCUGGGGGCGUGGCAAACAACAGCAGGGCCUCUAGCACUUGCAGAGCAACCCACAGAGAACAGCAAGGUGCCUCUGUGCAUGGCAAGUUGGGCAGAGGAGGAAGCAGAAGGGGAUGGAAGGCAGGGCCCAGAAGGGUUCAAAGCCACAGGAAUAGCAGCAGGAAGAGAUUCUGUGGGUCUGAGUGAAGGAGAGGUUCCUCAAGAGCAGUCCCUGAGGCAAACUGUACUUGGGACAGAGCAGGCAGGUUCUGAAGGGGAGCAGGAUAUGGAGGGGGGAGUGCUUACAAACACCACAGCCCUGAGCACAGAGCAUAUUCAGGAGGCAGCUGCCCUGAGAGAGCCACCAACAACUCCAAAGAUGGAAGUGGCUGACAGAGGGGUGGCUUUGAGUGAGGCAGGGCCUCCAAAGCCAGAUGUGGACGCGAGUGAAGAGGAAGCACUCACAGAGCAGGAGGACAUGGGACCCAUUGAAGACACAGCAUCUGAGAGAGAGGAUGGUUCACAAGAGGCAAUAGUUGGGGGAAAGGAACCAGGCAAAGAAAGGAAGGAGGUUCUGGAAACAGAACCCACCUUGAGCAUCUCCACUGGAGAGGCAGGGGCAAGGCAGAUGGGGCUUUCAGAGGGCAGCCCAGAAGAACUCUGUGAGGAAGGUGCAGCCAGGGCGGAGACUGGGAGUGAGGCAAAAGAUGAUAAGGAAGACAGGAAGGAACCGAAGGAACCAUUACCAGAAGAGUCAGAGGCAGCAGGAGAAGGGAGGAAAGCGGAGAGCCCCGGAACACCUCUGAGGGAGAUUGGAUCUGAGAGAGAAGAGGUGACAAGGUCAAUUGCAGCUAAGGAUGAAGACACUUUAGAAGAGGAGCGAAAACAUAAAGGGGAAGAGGGGGAAGCAGUGAAGGAAGAGAGAUCUGAGGAACAGACCAAAGAGCCUGAAAAUGAAAUAGAAUCGGAUGCUGAGGAUGCAGAACCCACAGAGACAACUGAAAUGACUCAAGAUUCAGGGCUUCUAGAAGAUUCACUGAAAGAAAGACAGGUGACCUUGUUUGAAGUAACACAUGGAUUUGAAAAGUCACUGGAGAAAAUAACAGCUCUGAGGAAAGAAGAAAGAGGGGAAAGCUUGAAUGAAGCUAGCGACACAGAGCACAGGGACAGAGCAGGGCUGCUGGGCCAGCAGAAUGUGGCUCUACCAGAGCAGGGGCAGGGACCCCACCAUGAUGGAGAGGGCACAUUAGAGGCUGCAAAGUGUGCAACCCAGGACCCAGAUUGCCUUGCAGGAAUGCAGACAAGGGACGAAGAAGAACCUUUUCAGGGGCCAGGAGGAACAGGGGUCAUGAUGAUGACCGAGGAAGAUGUUCCUGAGGGAGAUUCCAUGAUAGUGGAAAAGUUUAGUGAAGAAGCGGUGGGUGGGGACCCAGAGGAGGAGGAGGAGGAAGAGCACACUCUGGGGACAAGAGUGACAAGGGUGAUAAAGGACAGCAACACAGAGGGGGAUGGGGCGACAAGAGGAGGAGCAGUCCUGGCUGAGGAAGAUCUAUAUCCAGGAGGAGGAGCAGCAGAGAGGAGGGAGGUGUUGGCAGAUUCAAAGACAGCUAAGGGGAAAACAGUAGCAAAUAGAGCCUCCUCCUUCUCAGAUGUUGCUUGGGAGGAAACAUGGCACAGAGGGGAUGAGGCACUGGGUAAAACAGCAGCUGCAGAGAGGGUGGCAGCCGAGGAAACAGGGCUGAGCAGGGAAGAGGUGACAGUGACAUCAGCAGCAGAGCCUGGGGAGGGAGUUCUCCAGGAAACUUUCCAUCUGGAGGGGCAGGGCCAGCGGCUAGGACAGGGUCAAGAGGGAGGGGAAGUGGAGGCCACUCAGGGUGUGAGGUCGCUGGGAGAGGGUGAAGGAGCAGGGAGCAUUGAUGGGAGGCAAGAGUCAGGAACAGCUGAAGAAUUCAGACAAGGAUCAUCACAGGAGAGGGAGGUAGAGUUGAGCGGAGGGAGUCUAGAGGCAGUGGCAACACUUUCCGUGAAGCCUGAAUUCUCUGGAACCCAAGAGGAACAAGAGCAUAUGGUUCAAAGAGAAAGUGAGAGUGCAGAUGUUCCCCUGAACAACGUGAAGGACUAGGAGAUUUUGUGGCAGACGGGUAUUUUAAAGAUUUCUUCUGGAAGACAUAAAGGCUGGAGAAAGAUUCACCCAAGCAUCUCACCAAGACUCUAUUUUUUUUUUUCUUUAAACACUGUGCUUGUCUGAGAUGGUUCCUAGUCUGUCAGUGACCUCAGUAAUCACUUUCAGAAUAGCUCAAGCAGAUCUGCAAGAACCCCAUAGAGGUAGUGGUUCCAAAUAGAAAACUGAGAAGCUAUUAUAAAUUCUGUACAGAUAAUGUGUCUACAUUCAAAUCAGAUUGAUGGUUUCAAAUGUUUGACUUUUACCACAGAUCACUGGAAGGCCCGUACCUGAUGCCUGGGGUUUGUUUAAAUUCUUUUUUUUUUUUAUUUUACAUUCAAAUAUUAGUCCUAGUUUUAUACACAGGGGUUUUAUUUAAAAUCUAUACCUUGGUACUUUAAUGACACAGGCUGUGAAAAUGAGCUCUAAAGGACCUUCUAUGUAUACUCCAGACUAAAGAUCGCUCCAAGCCUCCGAGUCCUUCCUGAAAAGGAUUCCAAGCAUGUCUAUUCAUUUACACUCGGAAAUAUUCAUUCUUUCUAUUUAUGCCAGUCAAGUAAAGUGCAAAUCUUAUUUCAAAAUGCCCUUUGUUUUUGCAUGUGUUUCUGUAGUUCUGCUUUCUCGGGUAGCUACUAGUAAAAUGGUAGCUUGCAGCAUUUUAUCCCGGUGGCCUCAUUUAUGGGUCUGCUCAAGUUUAAAUCAAAAUUCUGAAUAAUUUAGAUAAGUGGAAUAAAUAUAAUAAUUACAGCAGGUAGAUGUGGUCCAUCAGCACAUAUGCUGACAUUCUAGACUUGAUGUCAUUCAGUGAAAAAGAAACUUGAAUAAAAUUAGUGUGCUGCUCAUCUU